GGUCGUCGACGUCAAACUCAUGCUGCCUGAAAAACUAAAACAAAUGCUAAAUUAGCCAAACGUUACCACUUCGGAACCAGCGCAAACGGUAUUAAAAGCGUUUUGUUUACUCUGUAUAGUUGCUCUAGUUUGUUUCAAAUUAAAAAUGUCUGGAAAGGCGAAGGAAAUCUUACAAAUGGACCUGUAUGGAUUACUCGGCAUUGGGAGCUCAGCUACAACGAAAGAGAUCAAGAAAGCCUACAGACAGAAGGCACUGACCUGUCAUCCAGACAAGAACCCAGACAACCCCAAAGCAGCGGAGCUCUUCCACCAAUUGUCCCAGGCUCUUGAAGUUCUCACUGAUGCUGCAGCCAAGGCUGCCUAUGACAAGAUUCGUGCUGCCAAGAAACAAGCUGAAGAACGAAACAAGAAAUUAGAUGAUAAAAGGAAGAAAAUUAAACUUGACUUGGAGGCCAGAGAACGGCGAGCAGAGGUUCAGAGCCAGGAAGAAGUUCAAAUCACAAGAACACUUGAAGAAGAGAUCGCCCGCUUGAGGGAGGAGGGAUCCAGACAACUUGAAGAAGAGCAGAGGCUCAUAAGGGAGCAGAUCCAGAGAGAAAGAGAAGCACAGCAACAACCAGGAAACUACAUUCAGAUAGGAGGGGAGAGAUAUUCCCAGAGCAACGCAACCCCAAAACUGAAGUUAAAAUGGAAAUGCAAGAAAGAUGACGAGCUGAAUGGAGGUUAUUCUCAAGACAUUCUGCUUAAGCUACUUCAUAAGUAUGGGGAUGUUUUAAAUGUGAUUGUAUCGAGUAAGAAGAAAGGAAGUGCUGUUGUGGAGUUUGCAUCUGUGAGAGCAGCUGAACUGGCUGUUAAGAAUGAAAGUGGGCUGAGUGGUAACCCCUUGAAGAUUACAUGGCUGGAAGGACAACCUGAGGAUGUUGCUGCAGCAUCUCAAACUGGCCAUUUUGUGUCUUCACAGAUUCACAUCAAAGUUCAUCACUACACACAGCUUUUGGGCCUGAUUAGCUGUUUGCUUGCAGCAUGACGCUACCACCACCAGAUGUUGAUCUGGGUGAUGUACAGUGCUUAUUUUCUUUCACAGAUUACACUUUGUAUGCAAGAUAGAACGUUCAGUUAUGGUCACAUCUCUUCUACAGGUUUGUUUUCCCCUAAGUAACUUGUAGUCAACUGUAAACUCAUUCUAAAAAGUUAUAUUGACAAAUUAUUUCAGCUGGGCUGUGUAACAUCUACAGCUCCUCCAGAGUUACCAGAAAUCUGUUGCUGCUUCUCUUAUUAAUGUUCUUCCUUAUAAUCUGUUACUUAAGAAAAAUAGGUGUGCUUUACUCUCUACAUUUACGCAUUUCUGAGAUUAAAUUACAUGGGUGGACUCCAUCCUACUUCUUACUGACGUUACUUAGAAGCAUCAGGAUAAAGGGGGUUGAAUACAUAAGCAAACCAUAGUUUUUAUGUUGACAUUUUUCUUUGUAUGAGGGCAUAACAUGAAAUCCUAAUGAAUGACACUGAAAUUUGGGAUUGUGAUGUAACAAGAUGUUACAAAGUAAAUGCUUUUGCUACACAAGGUGAAGCAACGAAUGUUUUUAUUGUUCGAUAACAAUGAAUUGCUUAUUGUUAAAAUGCAUGUAUUUAUUAUUUAUUGUUAAAAACAUUUCAGAUCUCCACAUUAUUUAUUCAUAAACAAAAUGCUAAUUUAAUAUACAAACAUCUUUCAUCACAGUUUUUUCCCUGCAUGACAGAAAGGUUCUCUGACCUCGUAUGGACAAAUAACUUCAACACACCUGCAGUAAACAACAUUACUAACAAAUGGUCCAAUAAAAUCUCUGGAAUGUGGUUCCACCAUACCGUCAACCCGGCAACCUGUUCAAUCGGAAACCUUAUAGAAAAGAUUUCCUCAGCUCUAAAGUUGCUUUCUCUCAUCUGUGGUAGUAAAUACAUCAUAACAUAAAGUAGAAAAGGUUAUAAGGUGAUAAAUCACUCCGACUCUUUGUGGAGACACCACAC